ACAAAAAAAAAUCUCAUGAAAGAGAUUUCUUAUCUGGAAAACCUGGGAUGCGAGGUGGCUGUUGUGAUGAUAGAACCAAGUGGGAACAUCAAUCAGCAUGGUUCAAACAAAGGUGUUCAGUUUCUCAUGCAAAACGAAGCAGUGGCAAUAAAGUUCAUGGAAUUCUUUGAUCGCCCGGCGGAAGACAAACAACAUACCCGUGCCGAUGUCCAGAAUCUGUUCAACGAGAAAUAUAGUGAAGCAUGUGGGAUUCCUGGCAGUAGAGUUCCUUACAAAAAAGGUGGUUUUACAGUUACUGGACUGCCUGAAGGAAUUAUUUUUAAGAAGCCGCUCAAUUAUGGAAGUGAUCAGAUAAAGAAAGUAAUGAUGAAUGCGGAAGAAAUUAUCUUUCACAUCACACGAGAACGAAACAUAAACGAUUCAAAACUAACCCAUGACCCACUGGCUAGUACAUCUGUACCAUCAGACAUUCAGAACUUGCUUUCUAAAAUUAUUGAGAAGGAACUGAUACCUGAAGUCGUUUCUGGCAAGUAUUCAAUAGAAGAAAAAGAUUUGGAGGUUAAGGAUUUGCAAAUUACCGAACAAGAAUUUCAACAUCUCACUACCAGGUUUCGAAAGUACUUCACUGAAGAUGGCUGGAAUUCCCUGAAAGGAAACUAUGAAAGUGCUUGUAACCAUGAGGGUUACAUAAUACCAGUCUAUACCGAGUCGGAUAAACCGUACUGGCUGUUCUAUUAUCCUGGAAAAAUAUCCAAUUUGCUAAGUCUGGAACCAAAUGCCGAAGUUUGGGGCUACUGGUUGAAUCAGACAAAAGAGCAAUGGCAGUAUGAGUUAAUAUUUUCAAAUAAGAAAAUGUCAAUCAAUGCCAUUAACAUCAUUAGCGUCCAAGAAAAUGGUUCAUCUGAACCAAUUCUUCUCAGACGAAAGAUCGUUCUAAAGAGAAGGAGUCAAGUUGUUGUGUGCCAAUCAUUCCAUGAUAGAGUCAUUGCGUGUUUGGAAAAUUAUGGAUAUGUGUGAAUAAGUUUUAAUAGUUAUUGUUGCAUUGAAACUAUAUCUGACUGCGUUCAUUCACUCUAUUAAAGGCUUAUUACGUUA